UUUUACAUUAAGCUAAUAUAAGCAGCGCUUCUACAGAAAAGAGCAUAUAUGUAAGAGAACGAAUAAUUACAAAUGUUUCUGUCAUUUGCUUUCGUUACAUACAUACCCACAUACGCGAAGGCGCAAGUGCGAAAUCUAACAACAACAAUGUUGCCUGCUCGGUAGCAAAAUGACAAUAAGAGAUGCUAAGAGAAUGUUUGCUUUGGCAUGUGCAGUGCGUAGUUGUAUGAAUUGUACAUACAUAUGGGACAUACAUACAUAUGCAUGCGCUAAGGCGCUAUCUACGAUUUGACAUGCGCUCUCUUCUAUGUUGUAUAUUCGUACGUAUAUGUAUGUACGAACUAAGGAACACUGCGCUUUGACAUGUGCACUCUACUUUGUUUUAUACAUACUCUACAUAAAUACUUACAAAUAUAUAUGGGCGAAGACGCAAGUGAAAAAUAUAACAGAAAUAUUGUUGUCGGCGUUAUUUUGAUUAGAAGUGUUAUUGCGUUAGGUAAGCUUUGAGUCAGUUCAGUUUUCUUCCAAAAGUCAAGGCGGCUAUUACCAGCGAAUACAUACAUACUACAUCGAAUUUCAGUGCAGAUUCAGAUUAAUUAUUAAAAAUAAAAUGCCAAACCAAAGGCGAAUUAGACGAAAAAGGAGUUUAACAGGUCGAAGAGAAGAGAGCCGUAGUCAUACAGGAUCUAUGGCAAGUUAUUUCAAAGCUGCCCUAAACUCCGUAGUUCUUCCGGAGUAUAGUUCGCUUGGAGGUUUGACUAACAUAUGUGUACACUGUAAAGCAAAACAUUUCAGAAGUGAAAAGGUAAGAAAUGGCUUUACGACAUGUUGUCAUGGCGGAAAAGUUAAACUUCAAGAAUUACGUAUACCUGAGUUUUUGAAAGCUGUGUUAGAAAAUGAUUUGAGCUCUUGGCGGGGACACUAUUUGGAGAAUAUUCGGCAGCUAAAUAGUUCGUUUGCUUUUGCAUCAUUCGAAGCGAAAAUUGCGGAGCCUACAGGGCGCGGACCAUAUUGCUUCCGAAUACAUGGAUCAAUAUAUCAUAGGGUAGGUCCAUUGCAUGCAGAUCAUCCUUCAGAAUCCUCCUACGCCCAGCUGUUUAUUCUUGACACGGAUCAAGCAACUGAUAUAAGGGCACAACAUAAUUCAAACUGCGAUAGAUAUUUGCUGAGAGAAAUCCACGAAAUGCUUUCAAAUAUUAACCCCUUGGCAAAUGAGUAUAAGCAUAUGGCGCAGGUUGAACGCGAAGAGGAACAGAGGGCCAGAGAAGAAAAUCGCAAUGCUCGCCGAAUUAGCAUGCUACUUUUUAACAGCGCUGAUCGACGUUAUAAUUUGCCAAACUGCUCAGAAAUUGCGGCCGUUUUCACAACAGAGGAUGGUGAACCACCUGGAAAUCGAAAUUUGCGAAUAUUUUCACGGAAAUCUGAUAUGCAGAAUUUAUUAUUUGUCUCAACGCUACAUAGCUUGUGCAGUGGCGGAUUUAGAAAUUUGCCGCCAGUAGGCUAUUCAAAUUUUGCCGCCCCUAUUGACCUCAUGCGCUAAUUUAGUUCACAAUCAUUAUUAAUUACAUUUAUUGUGUUAAUGAAAUUGCAACAUUAUGAUUUGUCCUCUAUCGUCCUCAUUACAUCGUUUUUUUUCGUUAUUAGGAUGAUUUUGAACUAGGGAAUAGUUGUGUCAGUUUCUAGAUUAUUUUUACAACCCACGAUUUAGUGAAGAGUGUUUAGUGUUGAGCUACAACACUAUAUAAAAGCACAGCUUAUAUAAAAUAAUGUGUAGUCGGUAAACGUUUAAUUGUUAAAUAUUUUUUAUUCCACUUACAAUAUAAAAACAACACGAACAAUAUCUAUUAAAUAAUCUGUUAACAAUCAGGUUAAUAGUGACAAUGAGAUCAAUUAAGUUUUACAUUAACUUUUUGCGAGAUUUUAAAUUCGCAAAAUUAUUAAUUAUAUCGUCGUAUGAGAUCUUGUUCAUUAGUUCUGACUCUAUGCACAAAAGAGAUAAGGCGUUAAGCUUUUCUUGACUUAAAGUAGAUCGUAGAUAGUUUUUUACUCGCUUUAAGCAAGAAAAGCUUCUCUCACCUGAACAAUUUGUCACUGGUGUACAUAGAGCCAUACGAAGUGCUAUAUCCAAGUUUGGAUAAAUGUUCUCCAAAUUCUGUUUUCGUAGAAACAAAGAUAGACUUUUCAAUGAUCCAGAAUCUGGUUUUAUCAAAAUUCUUUCAGAAGAAAUGUGACAUUGAAAGUGUACGCAUUCCUGAACUAAAUCAGUUUCUAAAUCAUUGGGAUAUAUUUUUUCCAAGGAAAGAGCUUUUUCCGUCAGGGUCGUGGGUGUCAACUCACUCAUUUUGGUUAGAAAUGAAAACUUCUCGUUAAAAUCGUUGUAGGCGUUUUGCCGUUUUUCUAACUCGGUCACCAGUCUAUCUACGAGGACGAGAAACGUGUUAACUCUGAAACUUUCACUCGCAGUCAUUGUAAUAACUUCUUCUGAUGUUUCAUCAAAUCUUUUUUUUCUUUUCGGUUACCUUUUUCCGAUUUCUGUUGUGUACUGUUUCGAUACGUUUAUCUCCAUCGCCUUUUCUUCGAAAUACUUGAAAUUAUCUCGUUCAGCUACGAAAAACUUACGAAGUGAUUCGUAAAGAUCGGCAACGGUGAUCAAAUCUACGGCGGAAGCCUGAAUUUGAACAUUCACUUUGUUUAUUCUUUCCAAAAAAACAUUCCACACAACAACCAUUACCGCCGUUUCCAGUUUCUCCAAAUUCAAGAGUAUUCCCGCCGCUUCUUGUCGCGUUACAGGCUUUUCGGUACAAUCGUCUUUGAUUGAUUCCAAAGUCUUAAGAACUUCGUGCCAAGAAUCUCUCAAGCUUUUACACGCGUCCUCCCUCGCUGACCAACGUGUCAGAUUCACUCUUUUCAGGAUUUUGCCUUUCCCGAUUUCAGUCAUUAAUUUAAGCCAGCGUUGUGUCGAGCUUACAAAAAAAACAUAAAUUUCCUGUAGCGUCAUAAAAAAGCGACAUGCUUCUAUACACGAUUCAGCAGCGGCAGUUGCCACUAAAUUCAAAGAAUGGGCAGAGCAAGGCACGUAAAAUGCGAAAGGUGCUUGAUUUCGAAUUUUUGCCUGCAAGCCAUUGUACAUGCCAGACAUGUUCGCGGCAUUAUCAUAUGACUGCCCACGACAGUCUUCAAUAUUUAUGCCCAGUGUUUCGAGCUCCGAAAUAAUGACAGAAAACAUUUCUUCAGCUUUAUGUCCCACCGACGGCAAAAACUUAACAAAUCUUUCACACGGUUCGCCUGAUUCUAAAACGUAUCUAAUAACAAGAGUAAGUUGAUCUACGUGUGCUAUAUCUGGUGUUGAAUCUAUGAUUAGAGAAAAAUAUUUCGCCCUUCGUAUCUCGUCUCCAAUCUGUUUUGAGACUUUAUGACCCAUCAAGAGGAUAAACUCAUCGCAAACGGUCUUUGAUAAAUAACUGGUACUGCCUGAUCCUUGAUUCCCAAAUCGUUCAAUAUGACUGGCUAAAAAAUGAUCGAAUUCCGCUAACAGUUCCAAAAUCAUACAGUAAUUACCGUUAUGUGGAUCACCGAACUUUUCAUUUUUGCCUCUGAAAGCAAGGCCUCUUGAACACAGUCGCUUCACUACCGCAACAACUCUCUUCAGAACAUUUCUCCAAUAUAUAAUUUCUUCAUCAAUUUGGACCUGUAGCAAAUUGUCGAGUCGGCCAUCAAUCGCACUCCUAGCUUUCAAAGUAAGAAUACUAGAUUUAUGACGUGCAGAGUUUUCAUGCUGAGCUACUCGGUGUUCUGCGUUUUUCCAGUCAUUAAAUCCUUCGUUCUCGAACUGGGUCUUAUACUCCAAUGGACCGAAUGCUAAACAGGGUCCGCAAUAUAUAGAUCUUUUUGUUUCAGAAUAAACAAGCCAAUUUCGGUCUUUCACUUCAUGAUUUUUCAUUUUUCUUUGGAAGAUACCCACUGGCAAGAAACGACGUUGAUCGGCAUAUAUUUUUUCACUUUGAGAGAAGUCACAAUAUUUGUUUUGAUCGAAGCCGGACCUUGCGAUAUUCUCCCUUAAAGUAUCGUUAAUUUCCCAUAAAGCUGGAUCCUUGUUUACAUUUACCGUUGUUAGCACUUGGUCAUUUCUUGCACUUGACGUCUGAUUUGGGGACGCAUCUUCAACUGUAAUACUUAUUGAUGAUUCAUCUACCGCCUCCUUAUCAAAAACAGAAUUAUCCGUUUUUUCGAAAGCAGAUUGUUCAACAGGCGACAGUUGUUGUUGGGCCACAGAGCUCAAAUCCGUUUCAUUUUUUUCAGAUUGGAUUGUAUCAAUGCAUGUGGUUGAAUUUCCUGGUCUAACAACACUUCUUUUACUGUCACUUGUAAGAAAACUGUCAAUUUUUAUGGUUUUACAGAUAAUCCGUUCUUGUUCUUUUUUUUUAAUUUUGGCCUUUUUUUUAUACUCAGCUCCACUAAGUCGCUUUCUUCCAUCACUCAUUCUAACAAUUUUUUUCUUCAAGAACUGAAACAAAAAAAAAACAUUGGGAGUUUUAUUUCUUGUGCGUAAAUAAAGUCCUUUGUUCGGAUUUCAGACCACGACUACUUACCUAAUAUUAUAAGCAAAGGAAAUAGGAAU